GUCCCUUUUCAGCGUCUCUACAAGAGUCUGCACUCUUGGCGAUCGACGCUUGAGAUGCAGCGCUCUGUUCAUCCGUGGGUUCACUCCUGUCCGCUUCCGGGUUUGCGUGCGCUUCGAUGGAUGUGGCAGCUAUGGAGCCCAGGGAAGGUGGCUCUGCUGCUGGCCCUGAACGGGGCUCCGCUGCAGGGUAUUUCGAUUGUGGUCCUGCUAUCGCAGACCUGCUGGACAGUUGGUGGUUUUGGGUCGUCUUGCCUGGAUCCGUGGACUCGGCGGAUGGGCUGCCAGACGAUGAUAGGGCUCGAGACGGUCUUACCGCGCUGCUCGAAGCAGCCCCAAUCGGGCGGCAUGAGCUCUGCUCAUCCGCCGCCUGUUCUUGUAGCUGAUGCGAAAGACAUUGCCUAGCCUCGUUGCCUUGCAAUACCCGCUCGAUGUUGCUGAGCCACGGUCCGGGGCCAUUUAGCGCAGCUUGCACUAAAUUUCUGACUGCCUGGCAGCAUUGUGCUUCGUCCGACUGCAUGUUGAGCUCCGUAC